UCACGGUAUUCGCGGUAUUGCGGUAUUGCGGUAUUGCGGUAUUCGCGGUAUUCGCGGUAUUGCGGUAUUGCGGUAUUACGGUAUUGCGGUACUCGAGGAUUGUGAGCCUCGCGAUGUUGAAAGUGUUGAUGAAUCUUUGAAUUGA